GGAGGGACUGGGGACCCGCGGGGCUGGGACAUGGGCGGCCAGGGCUCCGGGUGGAGGGGCCGGGGCAGCCACUGCUUGCUCCUGCCUCCUCCUUCCCUGGAGCCCUGGGCUUUCCUUUGGAGGGCACGGGGUGACUCUAAGAGGCCAGACCAGUUAAAAAGACCAGAGGAUCCCCUUUGUCUUCUCUGCUUCCUUGACACUCCCACGCUGUCAGUCUGCCUUCGUUUCUUGGUCUGUCUGUCCCCUUUCUGACUCUGUACUCUGCCGGCUCCUCACUUUCCCUUUCUCUCCCUGCCUGUUUGGACCAUCACAGCUCUCUCUCCUCUUUGCUUUACCUCUCUUGCAGCUCCUUCCCUCUCUGCUCCUCUCUUUCUCUUUAAGUUUCGUGAGCUGUCUGUCUCUGUCCCUUUAAGGCCUUGGUGUUCUCCUGGCAUUGAGGAGACAGGCAGAUAUUGUUAGCUCUAGGUGGGAGUCCCUCCUCACAAAAGGAAUCUAUGACAUUCUUGUCCCGUCUGGACCAUCACUGGACUGGAUGAAGAGGCCCUGAACCUCAGCACGCCGAGGCACCACUCCCCUGCCCUUCUCUGGCCAGGUGGCAGAGAAGACAAAUCUGACCUUGAAAACAGUGUGAUGCAGAAGAAAAUAAAAAUCCCCAAACUUUCUCUCAAUCACAUAGAAGAAGAUGGGGAGAUCAAAGACUAUGGGGAAGAAGAUUUACAGCUUAGACACAUCAAGAGACCGGAGGGGCGGAAGCCGAGCGAAGUGGCACACAAGAGCAUUGAGGCAGUGGUGGCUCGGCUGGAGAAACAGAACGGCCUGAGCGUGGGCCACAGCACCUGUCCGGAAGAGGUCUUCGUGGAGGCCUCACCGGGCAUGGAGGAUAUGGACAGUCUGGAGGAUGCCGUUGUGCCCAGGGCUCUGUAUGAGGAACUGCUGCGCAACUACCAGCAGCAACAGGAGGAGAUGCGCCACCUCCAGCAGGAGCUGGAGCGGACUCGGAGGCAGCUGGUGCAGCAGGCUAAGAAGCUGAAAGAGUACGGGGCACUCGUGUCUGAAAUGAAGGAGCUCCGCGACCUCAACCGGAGGCUCCAGGACGUGCUGCUCCUGCGACUUGGCAGUGGUCCUGCCAUUGACUUGGAAAAAGUAAAGUCAGAAUGUCUGGACCCUGAGCCGGAGUUACGGAGCACUUUCAGUGAGGAAGCAAAUACGUCGUCCUAUUACCCUGCUCCUGCGCCUGUCAUGGACAAGUAUAUCCUAGACAAUGGCAAGGUCCAUCUGGGAAGCGGGAUUUGGGUUGAUGAGGAGAAAUGGCACCAGCUGCAAGUAACCCAAGGCGAUUCCAAGUACACGAAGAACUUGGCAGUCAUGAUUUGGGGAACAGAUGUUCUGAAAAACAGAAGCGUCACAGGAGUCGCCACAAAAAAAAAGAAGGAUGCAGUCCCGAAGCCACCCCUCUCACCUCACAAACUAAGCAUCGUCAGAGAGUGUUUGUAUGACAGAAUAGCACAAGAAACUGUGGAUGAGACUGAAAUUGCACAGAGACUCUCCAAAGUCAACAAGUACAUCUGUGAAAAAAUCAUGGAUAUCAAUAAAUCUUGUAAAAAUGAAGAACGAAGGGAAGCAAAAUACAAUUUGCAAUAAACUUUGGAUUUUUCAUAAA